UAUCGUGGACGCCCAGGUCGGUUGCUAGCCAUUUAGGGAAAUGCCAACCUAUAAAAGCCACAUUAUCCACAUUCGGCGUAUUCAUGCAACCACCAGCUCAAGUCAAGUGCUCAAUCUUAGGAGCUGACAUAUUGCAAAAGGAACAUCAGAGAUCACAGCCCAUGGACAAAACGAUGUCAUCGCAUUUCACCAGCAUUCCCUCAACAUGCGCUCAAACCCACGACGGAUUUCAGAUUCCCUUUUACGCGAGCUUCCCAAGCAGAAUAGAUUUCGAUAACAUACCAUACAUCUCAACAAACCUUCCUAUACAAGAACUUUCCGAGAGUCAGUGUUUUGUGCGAAAGACAAAUGGCAACAAAAACGUGCCCAAGGAACGCAAACGAGAAAGAAGAGUGAUUCCGGCCACCGUCAAGAGAAACCGUCAGCUACGACGUAACGCCAGGGAACGAGAGAGACAAUCGCGUCUUAAUAACGCCUUUGAUGUACUUCGAGGGGUUAUUCCUGAUUAUUUGACAGGCAAAGGACCAGAAAGGAAACUGACACAAAUCGAGACACUUCGUCUGGCACAACAUUACAUCAUGGCCUUAACGGAACUCUUGCAAGACUCUAGACGUGAUUCAUCGUGUACUCAUCAGUGCUAUGGCCGUGGGAUGUCGAAUAUAUAAAGGGUGCCAUCAUGAAAUGUUGUCUUUCCUGUAUGUGGAAGAAAUCCUGUCCGGAAGGCAGUUAAGACAGUUGUACCUGAGCUAAAAAAGCUGUUGUGCAUAUAUAGCUAAAAUGAUGAAGCCAUGUUUCCCAAUAUAUAGGUGUAGGAGGACAACGCAUGUGACAAUGUCUCGUGGUUUAACACUUGACGGCACAGGCCAGGGAUUUUAACGUGUUUAAAGUGGAGAUAUAUAGCGGAUAUUCAUGUACGGAUGAAGUCAUAAAAUGAAUCAUGAACUGAAAUCCAGUUAAAAGAUCACUAGGCUAGAAAAGGAAUAAUGUUGUUGUCUGGCGGAACGUUCUCCGAACGGAGCACUUGAUUGAAAUAUAUAACAAAAAUCGUCACAAUUGUUUUUUGUUUUGCAUAAAAGGUGUUUAGUUGUAGACACUAAUAACAAUUGUCAAUUGAAUCUCUCAUUUCAAAGAUUCACACAGAAUCUCUCUACACUAAAAUCUUUCUCCACAAGUCCACCACAUAAUACCCCACUCAAAUGCACAUAUUGCGCGAUGUCACGGGAGAGGCCAUUCAUUAUACCAGGAUCAUAUCAGUGCAUCAUCUUGCUAAUUGUAUUGAUCAAUUAACUGCUUUAAAAUUGAUCCAUUCAUUACCUUAACUUCACUUCGUUCCACCGUCUCGUUAGAAAACGCAAGUACAUUGAUAUAAUAUGCUUCUGCGUUGGUUAGCUUCAGCUUAUCUUCUUUAUAGGCAGAGGUGUAGAAAGCGAGUUAAUCCCGCAAAUUAAUCCAAGAAUAUAUAGAAAAAGUGAUUAUUAAUUUCUUUAUAUAACCGGGUAGAGGUAAUAUAAUGAGCAGACUCCCAUUU